UGGCAGUUCUGAAUUAUUUUUUUCUCCCACGAGGAGCUCGCCGGCUUCUCUCUCGAACUUAGAUCGGAAAAUCAAAUCAAUGAAAAAUGUUGUCGAGGCGACGGACGUGCCUCGUCCUCGCGCAUAAAUGGAUCCGGAGGCGAAACGAUCUUUCACGGCGGUUUCUUUCGUCCAAGGUACAAAGAGACGCAAAAGUACGGGAGAAAUGGAAGCCCACCGUGGGAUUGGAGGUCCACGCACAGAUCGCCACGGAAUCGAAAUUGUUUUCCGCCGCGUCCACGGACUUCGCCCGCCCGGUUAAUUCGUGCGUCUCGUUCUUCGACUGCGCUACACCGGGAACAUUGCCUGUAUUGAACAGGAGAUGCGUGGAAUCGGCGGUGACAACCGCCCUGGCGCUGUCCUGCCGACUGAACGAGACUUCCUUGUUCGAGAGGAAGCAUUACUUCUACGCGGACUUGCCUGCGGGGUUUCAAAUCACUCAACAAGGACGACCGAUCGCGGUCAAUGGCGAAGUUAGGUUUCAUGUGUUCAUCCCGGGGCUGCACAAGUCCCCGUACUUGAAAUCUUCCAAGAUCAAGCAGAUCCAGUUGGAGCAGGACAGUGGUAGAAGUUUGCACGUCGAAGAUGCGGCGAGAAGCCUGAUCGAUCUUAAUCGCGCCGGAAUACCCUUGAUGGAAUUCGUGUUUGAGCCGGACUUGGUCGACGGCGAGGAAGCGGCCGCGCUUGUGAAGGAGCUUGCAUUUACAUUGCAGUUACUGGGCGUCUGCAGCGGCAAGAUGGAAGAAGGGGCACUUCGCGUGGACGCCAACGUUUCCGUGAGCAACUGCGGCAGUUUAGGCGUUCGAACGGAAAUAAAAAAUAUCGGAAGUGUGCGCGCUGUCGCUGCGGCUGUUCGAUAUGAGAUAAAUAGGCACAUCUCCAUUCUUGAAGUCGGUGACGAGAUGUUCAACGAGACUCGCGCGUGGGACGCGGUGAACAAGAGAACUGUUCCUAUGCGAGAAAAAGAAGACAAAGAGGAUUACCGAUUUAUGCCCGAAACGAAUUUGCCACCUUUACGCAUACAUCUUAGAGAAGAUUUACCGAAUAGAAGCAAUUUAGUCGAUGCCGUAGUGCUGCGAAGACAAUUACCCGAGUUGCCGGAACAGAUACGUCAGAGAUUACAGGACGUUCUUCGGAUAACUCCUGAAAUAAUCGUAGCUCUAAUGAGUGACUUCACAUUGUUACAAUUAUUUAAUGGAAUAAUGAGAAAAAAUGAGAAUCGCGAGCCGCAAUUGGUCGCAAAGUUUCUCGUAAUGAAUCUGUUGACCUUUCUCAAUAAAAAUAAACUAACAAUUGAAUUUUGUAUACCACGUGAAGAUUUUAUUGGUCAAUUGGUCGACUUAUUACAAGACAAAUUAAUUAAUUUAAUAACGGCGAAAAAGAUUUUAAAGGAAUUAAUAGCCGACUCAAAUAAACGACCAAAAGAGAUCGUUGAAGAGCGCAACUGGUUCCUGAUAUCAGACGAGAAGCAAUUAGAACAAAUGUGUUUAGAAAUUAUAGAGAAAAAUCCGAAACUUGUAUCAGGGUAUAAAAGUGGCAAGAAGAAAUUAUUUAACGCAUUGAUGGGAGAAAUGGCAAAAGUUACAGAGCAACGUGCAGAUUUGGCUGCUGUUGCAAAAAUUAUGGAACGAUUACUGAAAUCGUGAUAAAUGGUAAUUGCGGGAACGAUAAAUCUAUUACUGAAUUAGUAUUGUGAUAUGAUACUGUAAAUAAAACAAUCUGAGUAAACAAAUGAGUGUAAAAUCA